GAGGAAAGGCCGCGCCUGGGCGGACAAGACGCGGACAAGACGCGACCCGACGCUGGCCCGCCCACUGUGUGCACGUGACGUGCAUCGAUAGUCGCCUUCGCCCGGGUCUGCCUGUGUAUAUAGCCCUCCUCGCGCUCUCCUCCUCCUCCUCCUCUCGCAGAAUGGGUAUCCUCGACAUCGUCCCCGCCGGUGUCCUCACCGGCGACAACGUUCGCAAGCUCUUCGAGUACGCAAAGGAGCAUCAGUUCGCCAUCCCCGCCAUUAACGUCACCUCUUCUUCCACCGCAAACGCCGUGCUCGAGGCCGCCCGCGACAUCAAGAGCCCCAUCAUCAUCCAAGUCUCCCAGGGCGGCGCCGCCUACUUCGCCGGCAAGGGCCUCGCCAACGACAAGCAGCAGGCCUCCAUCGCCGGCGCCGUCGCCGCCGCCCACCACGUCCGUCUCGUCGCCAAGGCAUACGGCGUCCCCGUCGUGAUGCACUCGGACCACUGCGCCCACAAGCUCCUCCCCUGGUUCGACGGCAUGCUCGCCGCCGACGAGGCCUACCACAAGCAGCACGGCGAGCCCCUCUUCUCCUCCCACAUGCUCGACCUCUCCGAGGAGCCCAAGGACGACAACAUCGCCACCUGCGUCAAGUACUUCUCCCGCAUGGCCCCCCUCGGCAUCUGGCUCGAGAUGGAGAUCGGCAUCACCGGCGGCGAGGAGGACGGCGUCGACAACACCGGCGUAGACAACAACAAGCUCUACACCCAGCCCGAGGACAUCUGGGACGUCUACUCCGCCCUCUCCAAGAUCGGCCCCAACUUCUCCAUCGCCGCCGCCUUUGGCAACGUCCACGGCGUCUACAAGCCCGGCAACGUCCACCUCCACCCCGAACUCCUCCAGAAGCACCAGCUCUACGCCGAGAACAAGAUCGCCGACGGCAAGAAGAAGCCCCUCUUCCUCGUCUUCCACGGCGGCUCCGGCUCCACCAAGGACGAGAUCAAGACCGCCGUCCAGAACGGCGUCGUCAAGAUGAACGUCGACACCGACACCCAGUUCGCCUACCUCGUCGGCAUCCGCGACUUUGUCCAGAACAAGAGCGGCUACCUCCAGAGCCAGGUCGGCAACCCCGAGGGCCCCGACAAGCCCAACAAGAAGUACUACGACCCCCGUGUCUGGGUCCGCGAGGGCGAGAAGACCCUCACCGUCCGUGUCAAAGAGGCCUGCGCGGACCUCGGCAACGUCGACCGUCUGUGACGUGCUUGUGUACCGUAGGCAACGGAAGAAGUUCAAAUCUGUAUACCAAAGGCAUUGUACUACAGAAUAUAGCAUACAAUCCACAGCCUAAAAUGCGCAUCACCAUGACCCGGC